UGAUUGAUUGAAAGCGAACAGUGAUUUGACAAGUUGUGUUGUUUGAAGGCAAAAUCUGCUUUUGCUGCGUGUUUUAAUGUGUUGAGAGUGUUACAAUCUUUUGCAAGCAAAAUGUGGCAUUUUGGCUAGAGUGAUUCUGUUAAGACCUGUGUGUUAACUGUUUUGACAACGUGAUGUCAUAGUUGACGCAAGCAUCAAAGCGAUCGAGAAAAACUGUAAUCUGAUGAUUAACCGGCCCUCUUCACUGAUCACUUUGGAAACUCCGGAGAGUUCUUUUGCUCAGCCGGUGCAGCUCGAGCUUCACUUCAGGCCCUUUUAUCGCACGGGAGCACGAGUCCAGUUGGCUGAUGAACCUAACUUCAAUUAGGCGGGAGCGCGCACCUUAUUAAUCCUUCUGCCGGCAUCUCUAGUGUUUGGGGAAACCGGUAGAGCAUGCGUUUAGCGCUAAAACACCGUACAAGGGAGGGAGCGGGAUGAUGGCGAGAAAGGAUGAGAGGGAGAGAGAGAGAGAGAGAGAGAGAUGGGUGGGGGUUGGGUGGUAAUGUGCGAGUUGUAGCGAAUGCUCUCUCGCUUCAAUGUUGCGGGCAGUGUGGUGAUAGAGCGCUAGAGCACUGGAGAGAGUCGGGUCGCAUGAACCACCGGGGUUCCCAUAGCGCGGGGACAAGCAGCCACGUUACACUCAGAGGCGGAUGGACGGAAAGAUAGGCAAGUGAGCCGCAAACCACAAGCGCCACGGAGGGGCUGCUUACUAUGUGCUCCUUAGUGCGUCGUUCCGUUGCCUUAUUUAUUUCUUUAUUUCUCUAUCGACUGAUUGCGUUUUAAUUACCUUGCCUUGUGGUAGAGCGCUGGGGAGGAGGGGCAAAUGCUGCGAGGAGAGGCAGCGUUGGCUUGUUUAUUUAUCUCUAAUAUAGAUUUAGCGACUCGAUGUAAUCACCUGCUGCCAUUCUUGGGACUCCUACCGGCCGCCGAUUCUCUGAAUGCGGGAGAGGAUGCUGCCCACGGGGACAGCGAGCUAUAUAGUGUUUACAGCUGCACACCAAAUGAAUGAACCAAAUAUUUAGUCAACUUUUCAUUAAACGAACUCGCUCUACCACAGGCCUUUACUGAUGCUGUUUUUUUUUUACCGAGUCAUAUACUGUUAAGCGCGAGAGCGAUAGUUUUAUAUUGAAGUGAAAUAGCAAAGCCUCCGGCAGGCGAGGUCGCAAGGGGCCGGACACUCUCUGCUGUCUGUACACUAAAGGGAGCGAGAACAAACAUGAGGCAUAUAUUCACAGGCACCAAACGUGUAGGAGUAGUAGUAGUAGUAGUAAUAAAAUUAUUAUUAUUAUAAGCUUAAUAGUGUUGGUAAUGGUGACAUUCCGUCCAUCCGUCUGUGUGUGUCUGUGUGUGUUUGAGGUGUGGAACUACCAGAGCAGCCAAGGGACAGUGCGCGUGUGUAUUCUAUGCAUAUACUUACCAAAAAAUCUAACCGACCAAAUAGACACUUAAUGCGUCUGACAGAAAACUAAAAAAACUACAAGACAAUACAAGCCGCCACAACUGAAUGUGUUCCGAGCUAACGAUACCAAAUAAGUUGCGUUCCAAACGCAGUCUACCUGGCUGGACCGAGGGGAAACGGAAGAGUACCGGGGAACCGUGCUGCUGCGAUUAUUAGUGCCACCCGAAAGCAUCCACCGUCACCGAACAAGACCGAGCAGAAGACGGGGGAUUAUGUUCGUCCCCCUGCCGGUGCCGCUCGUGUUCCAGAGGGCUGCAUCCGAUCUCAGCGCCUGGCGCCUCAAGUCUCCGCCAGCCUCGCGCUCCAGUCCCGACUUCAGGAUGUCCAAGUCUGUGGAGGAUGAGAAUAAAAUUGUUGAUUCUCCAGUGGAGAGCACAGACUUGGACCGCAAUGGUCACGACACAAAUAAUCAGGUUCAGGCAAUGAAAAUCAAUCCACUCUCCCACUCCCCACCACAGGGUAAGAUGGAGGAGUGUGUGUCUUUAGUGGCCCCCACUCAGAUGCCCCGCCCUCACACACAACUCAUGCUGACGGGCAGCCAGCUAGCAGGGUUGGCCGCUCUUCUCCCUGCGCAGCAGCAGUUGUUGUUGCAGCAGGUUCAGGUUCAGGCUCAGCUCCUGGCAGCUCACGCCCAUGCAGCCGCAGCAGCCAAUCAGCAGCCGACUCAGACAAAGCAGGGCCAAUCACAGAGCACACAGGCACAGACCCCGCCCCCUGUCGCGCCCCCUCCACCCCAGCUUGCACUCUCUCAACCAAUCCAACUCACAGCCCAGGAUGUUCAGCAGUUGUUUCAGCUACAGCAGCUGCUUCUGGUACCAGGACACCACCUUCCUCAAGGUCUGUUGUCUACACAAAAUCUGAUUUCGCUACCUCAGCAAAGCCCAGGGAGCCUGCUGACUCCUCCCCCCCGGAUGGGGCUCCAGCCUCAGAGGGAGAGGACAGCAGAUAACCUGGUGACCCCUGUGACCCCGGUGACCUCUCACCAUGAGGAGCCUGGAGACUUGGAGGAGCUGGAACAGUUUGCCCGCACCUUCAAACAACGCCGGAUUAAACUAGGCUUCACACAGGGUGAUGUGGGGCUGGCGAUGGGGAAGCUGUAUGGAAAUGACUUCAGCCAGACGACCAUUUCCCGCUUUGAGGCGCUCAACCUGAGCUUCAAAAACAUGUGCAAACUCAAACCUCUACUGGAGAAAUGGCUCAACGAUACCGAGAACAUGUCUCUGGACAGCACAUACUCACAUACACUGCCCAGUCCAGGCUCCCUGGCCUCUCAGUCUCUGGGUCUCGAGGGUCUCCCCGGCCGCCGCCGCAAGAAGCGCACGAGCAUCGAAACCAACAUCCGCGUAGCCCUUGAGCGGAGCUUCAUUACGAACCAAAAGCCGGCGUCGGAGGAGAUCCUGCAGAUUGCGGAGCAGCUGAACAUGGAGAAGGAGGUGGUGCGUGUCUGGUUCUGCAACCGGAGACAGAAGGAGAAACGCGUCAGCCCCUCCAGUGCCACGUCCCCUCUGCCCGGCCACGCCCCCAAUGCCACCACACACAAACUCCCCUGCUACAGCCCACUCAUGAUGACCACUCAAGGACUCACCCAACCUCCUACCAGUCUCAGCUCAACAGUGACCUCUCUGCCCUCUAUUUGCCCUUUGACUCCCAGUGGACCACCACCUCUAAGCCCCGCCCAGUCUCCUGUUGGUCCGCCUCCUCGUAGCACAGCCAGCCCCGCCCCUCUGACCCACAGCACACUGAGUCUCAACACAGGCCUGUGGCGUUUGGGCAAAAAGAAUGGUUACAGUUCACACAGCAGCAGUGAUUUGAGGAACACUGUGAUGGGAGUUAACACAGGGAUGAAUCAUUCUCUCCUCAGCAACAACCCACUGGCCACCAUACAAGCUCUUGCAACCAGUGGUGGUCAACUUCCCAAUACCAGUCCUGAGGACAGGACUAACAUUUUGAUUGGCGGCUCUGGGACUCAGGGGGCAGGCUUUCCCUCUUCUCUGUUCCUUAACCAUUCUACCCUGUUGCCCAUGGCAGCAAAUCCUGGCCUGCGAUUGGCCAGUCCUGCUGCCAGCAAAGCUGCCAAAAACUCCUAUCUCAGUGCAAGGGGAAUUACCCCCACCCCCUGUUCCCCUGCUUCUUCCUGUUCAAGCCCCGCCUCUUCCUGCUGCUCUGCUGAAGUGCUGUACAGCCCUCUCUCUCUGAGUGGAGCCAAGAUUGAGUGACAACCUCAUCUGACCAAUUACUGGACAGGAGUGCUCGAUGGAAAGGGGAGCACAGGAGAUGCAAACCCCACCUUCUAACCAAAGCUCUCUCUCUCUCCAUGUCCUGAUGCCACACACGCACACACACACGCACGCACACACAUACACACACACACACACACACACACACACACACACAUACACACAUACAGGCUGGAUGAGAAGGGGGGGAGAGAGGGAAACCACCGAAACCAAAAACUCAAGGAGAGGAAAGACUAGGAGACGAUCAUGCACACACUCACACACACACAUACAGACUAAGAAUGACUGCUGCAGGCAUGCACACACACACACACACACACACACACACACACACACACACACACACCAAACCAAAUACCAAAACCAAACCAAAUACCAAAUACCAAAACCAAACCAAAUACUUAAACCAAAUACCAAAUACACAGAGACAUAGCUUUAUUCAAAGAACCUGUUCCCAAGGUUCCCAUCCAGGGCCACACACAUUCAUAGACACACAGAUACACAGACACACACACACACUCAUAGACACACACACACCACACAUAGACACACACACACACACACACACACACACACACACACACACACACACACACACA